UCCCUCUCCUGACACUGAGAAAAUCUCCAGAAGAAAUAACUUUUCCAGGUGUUAAAAAAGAAUCAAUCUUCAUGGAAGAAGAAAGAGACAGCCUUUACGAAGAUAUGACUUGUUUCGAUCCCAACACUCCGGCAGAAGUCACGGCGGAGAGCACCGCCGCACCACCACCACCACCGCCGCAAACUCUGUUCGCCGGAAGCACAAGCAACAGUAACUGCAGCGUUGAUGUGGAGGAGCUCCCUGAGUUCCAUCUCAGCCCACAAGACUGUCCUCCUCAACCUUCUUCAACACCUCUCCAGUUUCACAUCAACCCUCUUCCUCCUUGUGACAAUCAGUACCAAAACAACAACAUCAAUCUGUUUCAACAACAAGCUAAUUGGGAUAAUGGUUAUCAACAAGAUUUUGUUAACUUGGGUCCUAACUCUUCAACGACUCCUGACUUGCUUAGUCUCCUACACUUGCCUAGAUGCUCACUCCCUCAAUCUAUGCUUCCUAACUCCUUCUCUGACAUCAUGUCUUCCUCCUCUGCUGCUGCUGUCAUGUACGACCCUCUCUUCCAUCUCAACUUCCCUCUCCAGACUCGAGACAACAACAACAUCAACAACCAGCAGAGAAAUAGUUCUUGUUUUCUUGGAGUUGAGGAUCAGAUUCAGAUGGAUGCUAAUGGAGGUGGAGGAGGGAUCAACAUGAUGUAUUUUGAAGGAGUUGAUAACAAUGUUGGGUUUGACAACGGGGUUCUCGAGUUUAGCAAUGGUGGUGGUAAUAACCGUAAAGGAAGAGGGUCAGGGAAGUCUAGAACUUUCCCUACAGAACGUGAAAGAAGAGUUCAUUUUAAUGAUCGCUUCUUUGACCUCAAGAACCUCAUCCCAAAUCCCACUAAGAAUGAUAGAGCAUCCAUCGUUGGAGAGGCAAUAGAUUACAUAAAAGAGCUGUUAAGGACCAUAGAGGAUUUAAAGAUGCUUGUGGAGAAGAAGAAAUUUGGGAAGUUUAGGAGCAAGAAGAGAGCUAGAACUGAUGGAGAAGAAGACGAUCAAGAAGAGGAGAAUGUGAGUUUCAGACCAAAGAGCGAAGAAGACCAGUCUUGCUUCAACAACAACAAGGCACUGAGAUGUUCUUGGCUGAAGAGGAAAUCUAAAGUCACUGAGGUUGAUGUGCGUAUUAUUGAUGAUGAAGUGACCAUCAAGGUUGUUCAGAAGAAGAAGAUUAACUGUUUGUUGUUGACAACCAGAGUUCUUGAUCAGCUUCAGCUCGAUCUUCACCAUGUUGCUGGUGGACAGAUUGGUGAGCAUUACAGCUUCUUGUUCAACACUAAGAUUUGUGAAGGAUCUUGUGUGUAUGCAAGUGGGAUUGCAGACACAGUGAUGGAGGUUGUGGAGAAACAGUACAUGGAAGCUGUUCCAGCCAACGGCUACUGAGAGAGAGCGAUGGUUUAUUGUUUUUUUUUAAAAUAACUUUGUUUUACCCUCUAAUGACUGAUUAGUUAUUAAUCACUUUGGUAAUUCUCUAAGUUAUGGAUUUUUUUUUCUUUGCAUUAUUUGGUCUGUUUAUGGUUCCG